AUGCGGUGGCUCCUCUUCGUCCUAGCUGUGCUAUGUGCCUGUACUCAGGCCCAGACUAUUCACUUGGAAAAGCGUGUAAAGACGGUUAACGCCAAGAAGAAUGCUGAUGGUUCGUGCUAUGCUCACACGAUAGCUGCAGGUGAAACUUGUGGGUUUUUGCUUGAAAAGUUCACCAACAUCAAAACAUUGGACAAUCUCUAUGCGUGGAACAAGAACACUUUCAAUUGGAAUGGUUGCAAUAAUGGCCAUCCUUGGGCUGGUGAUAAGGUGUGUGUGAGUGACGGAACUCCUCCACGGCCUCCAGUGAAUAAAGAUGCCGUUUGUGGACCGCAAGCCCCAGGUGCAUUCUUCAACACUGAGUGUCCAUUGAACGCAUGCUGUAGUCAAUAUGGAUACUGUGGAACCACAUCGCAGUAUUGCGACAAAACCGAUUCUCCCACAGGAGCACCUGGAACUGCUGGUUGUAUCUCCAACUGUGGCUACGGAAAGAUCCAUACCAACCCGGCUUCUACGUUCAAAAAUAUUGGAUACUGGCUCGACGUGAGUGGUGGAAUGGCCCUUGAUCCAACAACCUUGGACGACGGUAGCUAUACUGCUAUACACUAUGCGUUUGUGCCUAUCAAGAGUGAUAUGACCAUCGAUGAUUCCAAAUUCAAGAUUAGCAAGUUUUUAUCGUUGAAAAAGACGAAAAAGGUUGCUUCAUUUGGAGGUUGGGAUUUCAGCACUUCUCCAUCAACUUACCAGAUAUUCCGCAACGGUGUACAAGUUGCCAACAGAGAUAAGCUCGCUACAAACCUUGUUAAUUUUAUGACAAAGUACAACUUGGAUGGCAUUGAUUUAGACUGGGAAUACCCCGGUGCUCAGGAUAUACCUGGAAUCCCCAGCGAUGAUCUCAACAAUGGACAAAAUUACUUGGAGCUUGUCAAGAGCAUCAAGUCCAAGCUUCCAUCUGGGAAAACGUUAUCGGUAGCACUUCCCAAUACGUAUUACUACUUGAGUAAUUUCCCGGUCAAAGCCAUGCAAGACUAUGUGAACUACUUCAUCUUUAUGACUUAUGACUACCCAGGAGCUACCCAAAAUACCCUUUUUUGCCAUACAGACAAAGAUCAAGUUGUUCAGUCGUUGGAGAUGCUUGACAAGGCCGGCGUAAAGAUGUGGAAAACCUAUGGAGGGUUGGCUAAUUACGGCCACACAUAUACGUUGAAAUCGACUUCGUGUACUGCCAUAGGAUGUGAAGGAAGCGGUCCUGGAAAAGCAGGACCUGUGAGUGGAGAAGCGGGAACUUUGACGGAUUUUGAAAUCAAUGCUAUUGCCAAGAGUUCGAGAAAGAACAAGAGAUGGACCGAUAGCACUAGUAUGUGCGACGUAAUGGUUUACGACAACAACAAUUGGGUGGCAUGGCCCAAGGCUGGGCAACGUGAUGCCAUGAGAGAGUUCUUUAGAGGUGCUGGAUUAGGAGGCAGUUCACUUUGGCUCACGAACUAUGCUCGUUAG